UCAGCACGCCCGUGUGGAAGAAGCACUAACCAAUCACAGAGGAGAAUGCGGGAUUGGUAUGAAUACAGGUGUGGGAACAUAAUGCUAACCAGCUAGUGAACUUUAGUACAUAUUUUUGCAUUCACGCACCAAAGAUGUCUGAAGAAGCGCUGGAUGAAAUGGCAGUUCUGUCUGCCAUUUUCUGCGGAAAAGACGAAUUUAAGUUGAUUGAGGAAUCAGCUCAGACAGGACUUGUGUACAGCAUUUGCACUGCGAUAGACACAGACAGCAGGAGAAAAACCCUGAACCUCACGUUCCAUCUCCCUCCUCUAUACCCUCACAUCCCUCCUGAUAUCAGCGUCACCUCCAGCGAUUUCUCGAGGAACCAUUGCCACGAGCUGAAGAGAGCGAUGCUCAGUGAAGCUCACACCCUUCCACCUGAGCCCAUGGUUCACCACCUAGUGACGUGGCUUCAGUACCAUUUCACCAGCCUGAUUACAACCCCAAACAUCCCAGGAGACUGCUCAAAUACAGCAGAUAGUAAAGCAGAGGACACCUGGAUGGCGUUGCUGCAUUUAGAUCAUAUGCGGUCUAAAGCUAAAUAUAUCAAACUGAUUGAAAAGUGGACUUCAGAGUUGGGUUUGAUGGGGAGACUGUUUGUGGGAAGGCCGAUUUUGAUUUUACUGCAAGGCACAAAGGAAAGCAUUAAGGAAUAUAUCCACCUUCAGAGGACAGUGAAAGUUGAUGUCGACUCGUCAGGCAAACGGUGCAAAGAGAAGAUGAUGAGGGUUUUAUGUGAAGUGCCCCUUACAGAGGAUUUUAAAAGAAUAUCAGCGUUUGAGGUUAAGGAAGACUUGUCUUUAGAGGACCUCAGAAGGGAGUUUGAUUUAGUAGGGUCGAUGAAGCUUUACCAAGAAUUUGUUCCCUUGCUACAAUAAAUGUCAUAAAUUAUUGGCUCUUUUUUUUUUAGAGUCUGCUUUUAUACAUGAUUUAUUACUAGGGAAAUCCUUGAGGAAAACCUGAGCAGAGAUUGAACACUAAGGAUUGCGAAUUCACACAAAUUUAUAGGGUUAACAUAAGAUGGCUCCAGCUUUAAUCAGUUCGAUUGUGGUCAUGUUGCACAUUUGAAGUUCUUCCCCAUGACAUCAAAAUUGAUCAAAAGUUAGCCUUAAGCUUAUCUAUAAGCUACUGUGUUCAAAAACAGUGACAAAAUUUACAUUUAGAAGACACAUGCAUUUAAAAUUUACAGUCUCUCUAUACCAGCAGUAAGAUUCAAUAGUUUUGAUGACCUCGUUCUGCACUUCAG